AUGUUCUCCACGCCCUCCCGAGCGGGCAGUGGCGGCGUCAACCGCGCAUCUCGCCCGCGCGGAUCAUCCGCUCGUCCCUCUCGCGGGACCACACCCCUAGCCUCGACAUCCAACCUCGACGAUGCCACCCACACACCCUCCAAACUCGCACCGGCAGCGUCUCUGUUCGCCGCAGAUAUCACCCCGAACCACCUGCUGACCCCAUCGUCAGCGACUGCAGCCAGUCGGAGGAGAGGUGCGGCCGCGGCAGCAGCUGCGGCAUCGACGUCGUACACGGGCACCCACAACGGUGCGAGAUUCCUCCCAGGCUCCUCGGGCCUAGGUCGACAGGGCACUCCUCGCUCGUCCGUCGCUCGUAGCUUCAGAGACGACGCGUCCGUGGCGGAUACCGUCGACUCCCAGCAGCAGCUGUUUGGCCACGCCGCGAGCGCAGAGGAGGCGCACCUCGAGGAAGGCGCCACGCUCAUGCGCGACGACCUCAUGGCCGUCACCGCCUUCUCGAGGCUGCCUACCGAGGUGCUCGAGCAGCUCGAGUCGGUCGACUUCUACCUCGAUGCGUUCAAGGGAGCCAUGGACACCGCUACCGGCUACGCAUACAUGGUGUCCAGGACGCAGUGCUUCGUGUGGAACUACCAGAGCCACGGCACCAGCUCGCCGACGUGCUUCACGUUCGACAUCCCCGAGUCCUCGUCGUCCAGCAUGCACUCGACCGACGACCUGGCGCAGUGUGGGCUGAUUCCUCGCUCCGCCGCGCGCGAGCCGGGCAUCGUCUUGGUCACGCCGAGCGGGCAGGUCCGCUUCUGGGAGGGCAUCUCUGCGUCCAUGGCCCGGGAAGACCUGGCGCAGACGAUACAGGUCUCUCUCAAUCCGCAGGAGACGGUGAUGGAGAUGCAGAGGCUGGACGACUUCGCCUUUGUCCUUGCGACCAGCCAGGCGCGCAUGCUCAAGCUCGGCAUCGUCUCCCAGGGCGGCAGGCUGCAGGCCGAGCUGGCUCCCUUCUCGCAGCCCAGGGGCAUCCUCGGCCGCCUCUUUGGCUCAGGCUCGUCGAUGGGCUUCGGCAACGAGGGCAUCACCGCCAUCGCCGUCGGGCCCGUCCAGGAAAACGAGGCGGCGCGCGACGUGUACGCCAUCGGCAGCCGGACCGUGCAGAAGUGGAGGAUGGUCGACGGAGCGGGAGAGCGCCUGAUCGCCGAGCACGACGUCCGACAGGUGGUGGCCAGCGGCGUGCUCCAGGGUAGCGAUGAGAGGUACAGCGCCGCCGAGGGCCUUGCCUUCGACCUCGUCGAUGGAGUCGUCCAGGCCGAUGGCAAGCUCGUCGUCCUCUACUCGCAGAACCGGGGCGCCUCGACGCCGCUCUCGUACGGCCUGGCCACGCUCGAUCUGCUCAAGGACGGCAGCUCGUUCGUCGUCAACACCAUCCUGCCGCUGCGAUACACGGCAUUCAACGACCCGCGUCCCUACGCCACGCCCAGGCUCAGCCUGUCGUAUGGUGGGCCGGCCGCAUUUGUCACCUUUGCCGACACCGUCAUCCUCAAGUCGUUGCAGGCGGGGUGCGAGGGCUUCGAGGAGGUCGUCAAGCUCAAGGACACGGCACGCAACCGCUUCAUCGGCACCGGCUCUGACCCGGCCGACGUUGGCGGGUCGGCGCCCAUCGCGACCCUCUCGCUCAUCACGGCCUCGAGCGGCUCGCUGCUGAUCGAACUGGGCCUCGAGCAGGUGGCAUCGAUGUGCAACAAGCAGGCGUCGGCCGAGGAGAGGCAGAGGGCCAAGACGGAGCGUCUCAAGGUCAAGGUCGAACAGGCGCUCUACUAUGCCGAGUCGCCCCUCAACCCGCUCUCCUUCGAGCUGCCGGCCGACUUUCAAGGAACGCUCAUCACGGCGUGCGAGGAGCUCAGCAGCGAGAUCCUCGAGUCCCGCAACUCCGCCGUCAUUCACACGCCAUUCCCGGUGGACCUCCGGCUCAGCCUCAAGGACCGACUGGACAAGCUGCGCUCCCUCAUCGUCUACGUCUUCAACAGCGGCCACCUCGGCAAGCUCUCGCAGACGAGCCGACGCCGACUGCGCUCCGAUGCGGAGCUGGCCGCGGCCGCGUACGACCUCUGGCUGUAUCAGAACGACUACAUCUCCCUCGCCAACAUCCGCGGCUCGAGGACCAGCUCGCCGCUCUCGGACUGCGUCGAGCAGGUCAUGACCGAGAGCGGGCAGGGCAUGGUCGACGAUCUGGUCAGGACCUUUUUCCGACACCACAUCCAGCAGGUCGGACAGGUGUUUGAGCAGCUCCUCAAGCGGGCCAAGGCGGCAGCGUCGCAGUCGCUGGCGGUGCGCUCCAGCGAGACGGUGGAGGCCAACCGGAUCGCGCUGGCGGCGUUCCAGGCGGCCGCGCGGUACCGCAAGGAGCGCGGCGAAGUUUACGGAAUCACCGACUCGCUCGCCGCCUUCGAGCCGUGGACGGCCAAGCCGGGCAGCAUCGAGCUGCUCGAGACGCUCUUCAACGCCACGUCGUCGCUGCUUCCGGAUCGCACGCGCGAGCUCGGCACCGCCGUCGACACGCCCGUCAACGAGUACCUCUCGUCGACGGACGCCGCCGCCGAGCGUGGGCAGGUCUACGAGCAGCGCCUCCAGUCGGAGCUCAAGGGCCAGCUCUGCCUCUUGGCCGAGCACGCGCUGGGGGCCUACGAGGAGAGGCUGCGCUAUCUGCGCGCCUCUGCUUCGGAUGCGGCGUUUGAGCGCGAGCUCAACGUGGUCGAGGCGACCUUUCGCCGCGUGCGACCCCUCUUCGUCCACCCGCUCUUCGACCUUGGCCGCACGGAGCGCGCCAUGGCGCUGGCCGAGCGCCACGGCGACUUCCGCACGCUGACGGAGCUGUGCAACGACGCGUCGCUGGGACGCUCCGAGGCGCGGAUCGAGCACUACCUCGAAAAGUACCGCGAGGCGUUUGCGUUUGAGCUGUACGGCUGGAUGGUCGAGCGGGGCCAGACGCGGCGGCUGCUGACGCAAAAGGCGCAGUACGCCGAGCUGGUGCUAGGCUUUUUCGAGCGGGGCGGCAACGAGCGCAUCGAGUGGCUGCACCACCUGGCGCUGCGGCAGUUUGGGGCCGCCUCGACGACGCUGCGCGACGCCGUGGCACCCGCCGAGCGCGACGUCGGGCAGAAGAAGGCGAUGCUGAGCCUGGCCAAGCUGGCGUACGUCGCCGAGCUCAACGUCGAGCAGAUUGCCACGGUGCGCGAGCAACGGCGCAUCGAGGACAUCGACGACCAGCUCGACCUGCUCGCCGUCCACGAGCGGCUGCGCGGCAUGUUCCAAGAGGCGCUGCAGGAGGCCUUGAUGGAGGAGGGCGACGGCUCGGCCGACGUCGCCGUCAUUGUCGCCGGCAGGCUCAAUGACAUGCGCGCCUAUGCCCUCGAAGAUCACUACGCCAGGCUGGUCAAGCGCGCUCUGGCCAACGAGGUGCUGUCGUCCGAGGACCUCAUUGACCUCCUCACGCUCAAGGACUGCCGCGGCCAAGAGGCAAACGACUACAGCACGGCAAUCGAGGUCUACAUCCGCGCAACGGACGCGCCCAAGCCGCGCAUGGAUGCCGCUCUGUGCUCCAUCUGGCGCCGUGUCAUUCUUCGAGACGACUGGGCGGCACUGAGCAACACGACAAACGUCUCGGACGAGGAGCUCCUGUCCAACCUCCGCUCCACUGCCCUCUACUCGACGCUCGCCAGCGUCUUUUCCCACGAAUCGGCCUUUGAGACCUUCAAGUCGCCCACGGACCUCGUGUCGCCGCCAGAGAGGGAAAUGGUGGCGGCGCGCUUUGCGGGAUCGCUGCCGGACCAGACCGUCGACCUGCUCGUCAACGACCUGCAGGCCGAGAUUGACCUCGUCCAGCGCCUCCUCGACGACACGGACCUGCCGCGCCUCUUUGCCGAGGUGGCCCGCAUGGCCCAGAAGGGCGGGGCUGCAGAGGUGCCGGCGGCGCAGCAACAGCAGCAGCAGCAGGAUCAGGAGCGGCACGAGAUGGAGGCUGAGGCCGUCGAGGAAGAUGAUGAUGAGGAGGAGGAGGAAGAUGUGGAGGAGGAGGACAUGGAUGCCGAGGGAGAGGACGAGGAACGUCUGAGCAUGGAGGAGUAG